GCAUACCAUAUGCAGUACUAUUAACCAGAGGAGCAUCCAACUCAAUGAAUUCAUUUUUCAAGAACAUGGUGGUCCCUUUUGUUGUCUGUUAACCAGAGGAGCUAGCUAGGUAGGGAAUCCUAUUUCUACACAAGGAUAGAGUUUGAUCAUUUUCAUGAGAAAUCUCUUGCGGAAGGGUUACAUGAGCACGAAAACAAGCCCAUGUGAUUUGGGUACAAGCUAUUGGCCCUCAUUGCUUCUCCUCUCAGUGCCCCUUCAGUACCAAUCAUUUCAUGUACCUGAUGAUUUUCUGCAAACCUUUCAUCUAUAUUUAUAUAUACUAUGCUUGGAUUCCAUCAUGAGCAACUCAAGUCUUAUCCUUCCCAUGCACCGAAGCUCUCUCUGUUUUUUCCAAGUCCUUGCCAAUCUUUUUCUUGUUGUUUUGUCCUCUUGAGAAUACUAAAUCAUGGGUUUCCGGUUGCCUGGAAUUGUUAACGCCAAGAGAAGUCUCAUUCGAUCUCUAUCUAGUUCAAGUCAGACAGCUGAUUCGAAGACCUUAGAUAUCCCAAAAGGCUAUUUUGCAGUCUAUGUUGGGGAGAGCCAAAAGAAGCGGUUUUUGAUUCCAAUAUCAUAUUUGAAUGAGCCUUUGUUCCUGGAUUUGCUGAGUCAAGCUGAAGAAGAAUUUGGAUAUGAUCAUCCCAUGGGUGGUAUCACAAUCCCCUGCAGUGAAGACACCUUCCUUCAUCUCACUUCCCGCUUAAGUGUAUGAGUGCGCACUAAAGAAAAGAAACUAUGAUCCAAAUUCAUUCAUGUAUAAGCAUCCUCAUUUCAGAACUCACUGAGUAACGAUGAGGAAGAGGCUAUGCUUGAUCAUCCACUGAGUCGACUUACAUCUUGUGUUGAGAGGAAGCAAUCUGUAAGCCUGAAGCGGCUUGUGAUCUGAGCAUAAAGUUAAAAAGUUCAUGAAUCUGACAAACGAAGAUACGAUGGAUGUUGAAAAACUUUAGUCCAAAAUCAUGAUCGAAAUUUUGAACUCAUUGAGAGUACAUUCGGAGCAUUGUAGUAUAAAAGAUCUUGGUCCUCUCCACAUUUGGGUUGGAUGCUAUGAUCUUCUCGUAUGUAAACUUUGUUACUCUCCAGGAAAAUAUAUUGGCAUGUAAAUUAAAAUCCCGAUCCACUUUCUUUUCUUAUUUUUCA